AUGAUGGAAGAUGAAUAUGUUAUGGUGAAUGGCAGAAAAACUGUAAAUUGCUCAAUCCCUAACAAUAGAUUCCCCGGAAGAUGUAUCAAAUCAACAAGAUCUACAAUGGCAUCACACUCAAUUUGCAUUAUUCCAUAGGGUAUUUGUGUGUAUAUGAUGGACACCCUCUAGUUUGAAGCAACGAAUCCAAUCCUUCAUUUACCAAGAAGACUCACUCGUUUAUCUGAACGGCCAUCAUCUGGUGCUCUACGAUAUCAACAAGAAGAAACAGCAAUUCAUCCUGAGACCCAAGGAUGAAGAAGAUGUAAAAAUCACUCACCUAAUCCUUAGGCUGUAGUGAUGAAUCAUUGCGUCAAUGACAAGAUGAUACUCUCCGUCGCUCUGGGCCUCAAGAAUAGCAUCAAAAAUUAUGCAACUGUAAGAAUCUACAAAACCAAUCACAAAUCCUUCACUCUCCUCCAUCAGCAUCUCCCCUUCGGAACCUAAGUCAAGGACAUCGCCUUUCUUCACACUGCCAAAUAUACCAUCACUCUUUGCUGCAAUAUCAACUCUCAUGACACCUCCUACAUCAGCGUAUUCAAAACCAACACUGAGUAACUCAUUACCUACAGCGACGUGGGUGAAAACUAUGCUGGCUUAUUUGGGACCUACAAGGAUUUCGAAUAAUUUGGUACAUUCGGACCCAAUGUAUUGAAAUUGUGGAAAUUCAAUCCAACUGAAAAACAAUUAGAUGAUGUCUUCCUAGAUUAUGAGGGUGUGAUCACUCAUGUAGUCCAAUCCAACAAGUAAUCAAUACACCUUAUAACUUAAGAAAAAUAUUCCUCAUGAAUAAAAAAGGAGUCUUGUACUUCUAUCGCAAAAACAAAAUAAUCAACUCAGCCAACAUCCCUGCUGACUUGAAUGAGAUCCCCACUGUCAUUGCUGCCUACUCAGAAGGAGUCGUUGUUGGAUUCGAAAACAAACCUAUCAUAGCAAUGUAUGAAGCACAUAAAGGCAUAAUCGAAUAUAGAAAACAAUACACUUUAAAUAUUACUAAUCUCUAAAAACUCGUUUAUAUCCAUGUUGGAAAAGAUGACUCCUACAUUUCCAUUACUGCAUAACACAAGACCAGACAAACUGAAAAUGAAGAAAUCAAUUGUGAAAUCUAUCUCUUCAAUCUCGGAUUCGUUGAUUAUAUCAACUCCGCCUUCAGAGAUCCCUUUGAAUAACUCUUCCCUCAAGGAGUCCACAAAAGUAAAAUUUUAAAUAUCGAAUCCUCUCCAUCCAAACCCAUCAUCUGCGUGUUGUCGGAAGAGAGAGUGUUCAAAGUGUGGGAAUUCACUUACGAAGAAGGUAAAUUCAAGUGUCUCUACUCAUCCACUCUACAUGAAGUCCCUUAAUGCAUGGCCUUACAUCCUAUGGCAUUCUAAUGUGCAAUCGGAUACAGAGAAGGUCUCAAGUUUUACUUUGUCCUCCAUGACGAACUCAAAUAAGUUUAUUAUGAAUCCUUGAAGCAAUGCAGCGUCGUUAAGUACACUCCUGGAGGCAAUCAACUGGCUGUUGGAUCUCAGAACCAAAUUCUCAUCUAUGAUCCUUACACAUAUCGAUUGCUGCAAACAAUCUCAGGCCACAUGGGUGUGAUUGCUUCCUUGGAAUGGUGUGACAACACUCUCAUCUCCACUUGCAGUUAGGGAUUAGUCAUGGUGUUCAAUCAGACGAGGUUGGUCGAUCAUUCAUUCAAACUGCACAAAGGGUUUUGUUAGACUUAUGACACAGAGUACGAUUUCCUUAUUGGAAGCUAUUCAGAUAGCAAGGUCAGGAUCUUCAAUGAGAAGGGGUAGAACCUAUACUACGAAAUGGAUAUCUAUCCAAGUCAAUAUGUGUGUGUGUAAAUCCUCAGAUUUCUGGAUAUGAUUGCAUUUGGAACCAAUUGUGGCAAGGUGAGAUUGUAUCUAUGGCCUUUCACUUAAUUCAAGAAUGAUUAGGAAAUGUUUGAAUUCCAGUUGCAUCAGGGACCAAUUACCUAAAUUAGAAUGUCUUCCGAUCAGCAAUUCCUCAUCACUGGAGCUGAGGAUGGCUCAAUACAGAUUUGCAAGGUCAAGGAAUGGUACGAUGGCAAAGACAUGACACCCUAAGAGAUGUAAAAAGGACAGAGAGUUAACUCAAAAGGGCUAAUCGUGUCCAACUUAUAUAGUUUUAGUAUACUAGCCUUUGUGAGUAAGAAUAGCAUUGAGAUGAAGAAGGACCUCAUCAAAGAGUUGGAUUUCAGGAUUUCUAAUCAAAAGAGUGAUCAAGAGGAUUAAAAGUAGGAUAUCACUUAGAAGUACCAAAAGCAAGAAAAGGAAUUGGAAUAACAAUAUUAACAUUAGAUUGCCAGGUACAAAGAAGAGUUAUCAUAAAUAAUGGAAGCCAAGGAUACGAGAAAUAAAAACUUAGAUGUCGAUUUAAUUGAUUUGAGGAAAAAGUAUUAGGUAGAAUCACAUCAAAUUUAAGAAAAAACUGAAAAGGAUCUCCUGCAAUUGUAUUAGAAGAAUGAUGAAGUCAAAUAGAGGCUACAAUACACCAAUGAGGAGAAUCAAAGGGAAUAUGAGCAAAAGAAAGCUCAUUUAGAAUCUAUAAGAACCAAUAUCAAGAAUGAUCAGGAUACCAAAUUUAAUGAUUUAUUUUCAAGAUUUCAAUCAUCGAAAGAGUCAUUUGAAUUGGAUGAAAAGAAGUAUUUGGAGGUGUUCAAGGAAACUGAAAAAGAGUUUGAAUAAUUGAUAAAUGAGUAGAAAGAGAAGAAACUCAUUAAGUUGAAGGAAUUGUUGGACAAAAGUGAAAAGAUUAGGUCCAGUAAUACUAAAUUUAAAAAAGAGUGUGAUAGAUAUCAAUUGAGAAAAUAGGAAUUAGAGAAUAUGAUAAGAGAAACAAGAACUUAAAAGGAUUUAAUUAACAAAGAAAAAGAUAAUUUCAAAUUGAUAAAUCAAGAAAAGAAGAAUCAAUUAAAAGAAAGAGAGAGAUAGAUCUUUUAGAAAGAAAAGGAAAUCAAGAAUUACAGAAACAAAAAUGGUCAUCUCUAAAAUUUUAAGAAUGUCAAUUCAUAUCGUUUGCAAUCUUUAUAGGAAUAAAAAGCACCCCUUCAAGAACAUCUAUAAGAUUUAGAUUAGAAUGUCAAAAUUAUGUACUAAGAGUUAACAGACGAGGCAGAAGCAGAAAAGAAUUUAGAAAACUUAAUAGAAGAUACUUCCAAUAAAAUCAAAGAGUUGAAAAAUCAGUAUCUUAUUAAGAGGGAUUCCUUGUUCUCUAAGAGAGGAGAGGUUCAAGAGAUAGAGAAUAACAUAUUCAAAGUAUUGGCUGAUCCUGAAAUCACCAAUUUUAAAGAGAUGCUGCAAAAUGUUCAUAAGUAGCAUUUCAUUAAUGGCAAGAUUAACAAAGGUGAUAUGAAUGAAGAUUCCAUCUAUGCUGAAAUUGAAAAGAAUACAGAAGUUGCCAUACGUGAGGAAAUGCUGAGACAGAGGGAUUUCUUAAGUAAAAAGAUCAACACAAUCACUAGAACUAGCAAAGCAGCUGAUGAGGAUAAAACCAGUCUCAUUAUUAGAGUUUAAAAGGAGAACACUAAUCUAGUGAAAUCUUGUAAUGAAUUGAGAGAAUAAAGAGCAAAUCUCAUCUCCCAUUUGUCCAAUAUGCAAAAGGCCUUAGAUAUAUUGCAAAAGGAAAUUGCUUCUUUGAACAAUGGAGAAUCUAUUGAGUUGUAACCAUCAGAUGAGGAUGUACCACUUUAUAUAGAGAAAAACAAAAUAUAAAAACAAAUCUCAGCUCCAAAAUUGACUCCAUUUUAGUAAUAUCACUAGGAGAAGGAAAUACAAAAAAUCAGAAAAUCUGACACUGUUCUAAAAAGAGAUAAAGGACAAUUGGAUUUAUAACAAUUGAUCAAAGAGAUUAAGACUUAUAAUUUAACUGAUUAAGAACUUAGAGUAAUAAUAUCUUUAUAAUUAGGAUUAAGUAUAGCAAUUUUUAAGAAAUGAUGAAUCUUCAUCAAUUCUACCUUAAAUUCUAAAAUAUCCAUUCAAUCAGUCUCAAGAGGAAACCCAAUUAGCAGGACUAGAAUAAUCCAUAAUCAAUACAUCCUUGGAAACACAAAAACUUCAAUUGCCAUUAAUUAAACAAUGA